CUGUGAAUUAUCAUAGGAGUUUAAAGUUACAAAGUUACGCAGUUGUUGAAGAAGCCGGAACGUUUUCAUUGCGAUCCUAACAAAAAAAAACUAUAAUAAACGAAAGCAAUUAUCAAAUCGUUGGUGAUUAAAAUUAAUCAUAAAGAUUUCUAUUGUACUGAGAGUGACGACAAAACGCACAGGAAGUCUCUUAGUGAGAGAGCUUUGGGCGAUCCAUCUGUCUUAAUUAUUUCAUCGGCUCGAGUUGUAUUUUUUGCGCUAGAAGGCGACCGUCCAGCAGGGCGAUACCAUUUUAUAUGACUUUUCCUCAACGACAAGAUUGAUACAAUGAACAACAGAAAAAGAAGACGUGAAACACAAUCUUCAAAGGCAACAUCACCCUCGAAUGCAGAACCCACGAAAAAACAAAAAAAGAUUGAAAAGUCAUCAUUUCCAAAUGCUGCUUCUUCUCAGUUCCCACCUUCAACGUCCAAACCUAAAGUAUCAAAUACUGCAUCAAAAGACGCGAAAGAAGAAGAUCAAGAACAAAAAUAUUACACCAGAUACAUGUCCUUGAAUGCAAUUCUACCGGAAGGUAACAUUGUCAAAGAAAAAAUCCAGGAUGAUGUUAAUGUUUUGAGUCGACUCAAAAUUGUUUGUAGCAUUUUCUUGGAAUACAUUAUGAAUGCACAUGAUUCGAAAAUAGCUAAGCGUUAUGCUAAAGAGGGGAUUCAGUUCGACAAAAUUAUGGGUUGUUUUAAGAAAAGAACUGUAGCGGCAGAGAAGACUUUUAGGAAAAAGCAUGGCGAGUUAGAUAAAUUAUUCGAAGAUUUUAAAGUAUUACUAAAGGAUGAGAAAACGGAAAUUGAUUCUGAUUUAUUUGAGGAAUUUCAACAAUUACACAAAGGGAAAUCAAAAUGGAAGGAUGAAAAUGAGAAAUACGAAGCAUUCAAUAAAUACAGAAUAGAAAAAUUAACCAAAUUUGAUUGCGCCAACAAAGAGGAUCUUAUUUUACAAGCCUGUCAAGAAAUGAAAAAAGAUAUGGGUGUUCAUAUACAAAUAAAUGGACCCAAAAUUCUUGAAAAGUAUUUUAAUUUACUCUUAAUGGAAAAGAAGAACCAAAAUAAUGAUGAAUAUAAAGUAGAGGAUUCAUUCGUAAAAGCAAAUAGUGAUGAAGAGAAGAUUGAGGAAAAUCUCAAAAAUCGGAGAAGACGUAAAAAUUGGAAUAAAAAGAUGAAGAAAAAAAGAAUGGAAAGAAAAAGAACACAUAACAUGGAAGAUCAGAACAAACAACAAAAAAAAGAAAUGACAAGACAACAAUUGAGAAAAGAAAGAAUAUACUUUCAAUUGAUAACACGUAAAGCUGAUCGGAAGGAUGAUUUGAAAAAAAUUAAUGAAGAUUACGACAAAAGAACGUAUAAAGUGAAGAAAAAGACUGAAAUAACGGAAGAAGAAAAAGAAAAGAAGAAAAAAGAGAAGAAGGAAAAAGAGAAGAAGAAAAAAGAGAAGAAGGAAAAAGAGAAGAAGAAAAAAGAAGAGAAAAAGAAAAAAGAGGAGGAGAAGAAGAAAGAACAGGAAAAGAACAAAGAGGAAAAGAAAAAAGAAGAGAAGAAAACAAACGAUGAACCAAAAACGAGAAAUAAACCUUUGACACGAAAAGAACGCAAACAGCAAGUAGAAACACUUGUUAAUCUAUUAAUAGAAGAAAAUCAAUGCACCGAUGAGACAUUGAAAAAAAUUUUAAAAGAAGUACAAGAAGAGUAUGACACUUUCUACGAAAAACUGGAAAAGGAAGAUGAAGAAGAAGAAGAAGAAGAAGAAGAGAAGAAGAAGCAAGAGGAAAUCGAGAAUGAAAAGGGAAAGAAAACAGAAAAAGAAGAAAUUCAAGGACAAAAGAGAAAGAAAGCAGAAGAGAAAAAACAAGUAGAACGAAGAAAGCCUCUUGAUUUUAAGAAUUUGAAAAGCCACUACACAUCGCAUAAAUUGCUGCCGUUCUUCAUGAAAUUACAAAAACAUUUUGUUGAAAACAAAAUAAAAAGUUUUGUUUUAUUUCCCAUUAGACGUUAUGGUAUUCAACAUGCAACGUAUACCAAAACUAUUCUUCUCAGAAACGUGCUACCAUAUGUGCACAAGAAAGAAAAUAUGAAUCCACAGCAAAAAAAAAAUGAAAUAAACAAGAUAAAUAAACUAAAUGGAAAAGAUAAUCAGUUGGAAUACUUGUGGAAUAGAUUGUUUGAUUUUACCGAAUUAAUGAAGAAAAAUAAGAUUAAAAAAUUACCUACUUUGAUGCAAACGGACGGAGUGAAGGUGUCACUAAUUUUCGAUAGGACAGAAACGCAAAAAGAGAUAUUUAAGCAGGAACCGAAAGAAGUAAAAAUAAAAAAGUAUACAAGAUUCGUCGGUCUAGAUCCAGGUCGGAAAGCCAUUGUUGGGGGAGUCAUUCGACGCGGAGAACCGAAAAUGUUAGAAAAAGUUAAAGAUCAAGACGCACCGAUAUAUGUGAAAGCAAAAACUUUUCGUUUUCGUGCCGGAGAGUUUAGAAGGAGAGACAUUUUAAACAGAAAAACGAAAAAAAUGAACGAAAAAUACAAAAAGUUUAUGAAGGAAAACCCUACAUUCAACGUCAACACCAAAGAUCCCAGGCAGUACGAAAAGAUUGCAAAAUUUCGAAUGAAAUUAUUCGAAAUAUUUCAAGAUACUCUGUCAAAGAGAAGCAUCGUCCAACUGAAAUUUAAUAAACUUGUGCUUGUAGAGCGAGAAAAAGAUAGAGUCGUGAAUAAAAUAAUAGGAAAUUUGAAGGAAGAAUCAUGUUUCGUUGGAAUCGGAAAUGAAAAAUUGGCCAAUUUUACAAAAGGACAUGUUUUCACACCUAUUCGACAAAUCCACAAGAAACUGCAAGAGCGGUCAAGACAAGUCGGUGAACAGAAAUUAAAAAUAUUACAUGUUUCCGAGUGGUACACUACACAGAAAUGUAGCACAUGCUGCGGACAGUGUUUCGUAUCAGCAUCUCCAAAACGGUAUUCAUUUUGCCAAAAAUGCAAUAUCACUUGGGAGAGAGAUAUAAACGCUGGCAGGAAUAUAUUGAACUUGGCCCUUAUCAAGGCUAAUUUGAUGGAGAGGACAGAUCUUAAAGAUCCAUCAGUAUUUCCUCAAAUUAGAGAAUCAGCAAACGCGGACAUUUUUAGAUGAUCAUUUUUGCAGCUCAUCUCUUGAUGAGCAUACACGUCAGUGUAAGCGGUCACACAAACUACGAGAUUCAUCAGAGAUAUAUACAUAUAACGAAAUUCCAUCUCAAGUGAGAUGACUUACGGCAAAUGAAUCUAUUUUGAAAUAUUAACCAAAUUAAUAUAAUUAAUGAACAAAAUAAUAUUAAUUUGUUUUUCAGUUUUGCACGGUAAUAAUAACUACACUUAUUCUCAAUUUUUAAAUAUAAUUUAUUUCAUCAUAUUUUAAUUAUAUGUUUAAUUUUAACAUAUAUGCGUAAAAUAUUUAUAGUUUAAAAAAUUAUGUAUUUUUAUAGUAAAUAAAAUUACGACUCGAUAAAAUUUUCAAAUAGCAAAAAAUACCAAACUUUACAGGAAAAUUAUAUAUGACAACGAAAGUAUAAUAUUAAAACUUUAAUAUGCUUAUAAAACUUCAUAUAGUAGCAUUAAAAACCGAAAUAUUAAAAAAAAAUUGUGUAAACAAAUCUUCAUUUCUGAUAAAAAUGCAAAGUUCUUUAAUUUUUUUUUUCUAUUGUGUCCUGAAACAAAUGGUGAGGGACUUUACGGUAAACAAAAUUUUAGGUUAUGUUUAUACUAUUAUAUUUAGUUUAUCGUAAGGUCCUUCAAGCCACAAUAUUGAUUUCUUCUAUAUUUGAAAAUUAAAAUUAAUUUUUAUUUUCCUUGGCAAAAAAUUAUAUGAUCAAAAUAUCAUUAUAAAUGUAUAUAAAAAAAGUUAAUAAAUUAUACUUUUUAUGUAUUUUUAUUAUUAUAUAACUCGUGAAAACUCUAUCAACGGUGUUUGUGUCUCGCAAACUGUAAAGUCACUUGCAAAGUCGUAUUUUCGUAUUCAAUCGACGUCGUCUGGUGGAAGUUACAUUUCACGGAAAUGUUAAAGUAUAUAACCCUUCGCCAUUUUAUUGCGACGACAGAUUUUGCGAGAAACGUACUCUAUGAGGAACUCCCCUUUCGACUGAUUGAACAGAAAUUCACUUACAUUGUAUCUAUAUUGUUCAUAUUAAUUUUUUAUUCCACAAAAAAUUUAAAUCUAUUUGCCU